AAACAACAUUUCGUCUAGCAACCAGAUUUGUAUUGUAUUCACUGGAGACCCGGCAGCAGCACCCAAUCAAUUAAAGGUAACACUGGCCCGAGGUUCUUUGUUGGAGCAGCGAUCUGCCUUCUCUUAAUCGCCGGAAGAAAAAAAAUCGAAGCAGAAUACAGAGAGGGUAGGCGGGACGCAGUCGAGUAUAGUGCGAAAGGGUAGCUGCCUAGCUAGGCAGAGGGGAACAUUAAGAAACCUCAGAACUAUGGCAGUGUCCCUAAUCCAAACCUGCCGCAGUCUGGCUCUCUCAACAUGGCUAUUUUCCUUUUGUUUCGUGCAUUUGCUCUGCCUGGACUUCACGGUGGCCGAGAAAGAGGAAUGGUAUACAGCUUUUGUGAAUAUUACCUAUGUGGAUCCCGUGAGUGCGGAGACCAGAACAGAAAAAACAGAGUGCGGUCGGUACGGGGAACACUCUUUGAAACAGGAUACUAAGGGGGUCGUGGUGAUGCCCUCAUUUACCCACGACAGACUUGCUUGCGACCCCAACACUAAAUUUGCAGUCCCUGCCAAUGCCAAAAGCUGGGUAGCUCUUAUACCCAAAGGGAACUGUACAUACAAGGACAAAAUCCGCCAUGCUACCAGUCAAAAUGCGUCUGCUGUGGUCAUCUUUAAUGUGGGCUCCAGCAAUGUGAACGAGACUAUUACUAUGCCACAUGCAGGCACAGGAAACACUGUGGCGAUUAUGAUUCCUGAACCCAAGGGAAGGGAGAUAAUGGUCCUGCUUGAGAAGAAUGUGACUGUAAUGAUGUACAUCACCAUCGGGACUCGGAAUCUCCAGAAAUAUGUCAGCCGGACCUCUGUGGUUUUCGUGUCCAUCUCGUUCAUUGUGCUCAUGAUCAUCUCGCUGGCCUGGCUUGUCUUCUACUACAUCCAGAGGUUUAGAUAUGCAAAUGCACGAGACAGGAACCAGAGGCGACUUGGAGAUGCAGCAAAAAAAGCCAUCAGUAAACUUCAAGUCCGAACCAUUAGGAAGGGGGACAAGGAAACAGAACAACAUUAUGAUAACUGUGCAGUUUGCAUUGAAGGGUACAAACCAAAUGAUGUUGUCCGAAUUUUACCAUGUCGGCAUCUCUUCCAUAAGAACUGUGUAGAUCCGUGGCUUCAAGAUCAUCGCACAUGCCCAAUGUGCAAGAUGAACAUUCUCAAAGCAUUAGGAAUUCCACCAAACGCAGACUGUGUUGAUGACAUCCCACCAGAUUACGAGGGAUCGAUAGGGGGACCUCCAAGCAAUCAGAUAACUGGGGCCAGUGAGUUAACGGUCAAUGAGAGCUCGGUGGUCCUGAAUCCAGCGAUCCGUGCUGUGGGACUCCCACGGGUCUUCCAGGACAGCGAACCCACCCCUCAGGCUGGAGAGAUCAUCAUUACCACAAGCAGUGACCAGGAACCGGCAGUGAGCAGCGAUUCAGACACCUCGUUGAUUAUGGGUGUGGAAGUGGAGCGCUCUGACAUGGAGAUCUCUACUGACCAGGACUAUGAGGAGGUUAAGUCCUGAAAUGUCUCGGAUGAGAUCUCUGGGAUUCAGACCAAGCAAUUUCUAUCAGAGAAUUACAAAAAUAAAAAAAACAAAAUUUAAAUAAAGCAUCAAAAGACUGCAAUGCACUCCAUUUGGGAAUGGCCAAGGAAAGCAAUAGCAAGACCCUUCUAAACACAAUCUCAUCAAUAUUGAGAGAUUGUUUCCACAAAUACAUUUUACAUCGUUUCAAUCACAAUACUUCAACCGGCUGGCAAAUAUGAAACAGCGUAGGUGUUUUUUUUUUGCUAUUUUUUGUGUGUGUUAUUCCUCACAUUUGAGCCUCUAGUUGCGUCGUGGAGAUAUGUCUUUACAGCUACCCCACCCUGUGGUUCCUGCCUAAGCGAGCUAAUCCUCAGACUAAAAGAAUUGCUUCCCAGAAAUCACUGCCAAAACAUUCCAGUGAGGAAACCAGACACUACAGUGUGUGUUUGUUUUUUUUUUAGUUUUCCAGGAUAAUAAUUCCUAUGCAUACAUUGUUAAAACCAAGAACAUUGUUGCACAGGAAAUUCCAUAAAUUCUGACCAGUAUCAACUGAUGGAUAUCCCUCCCUCCCUGACCCUAAUAUAAUCCUCAGAUAUCAGAUAUCAUAAAGCAUAUUGAUAGUGCAGAUUGUAUUUUAUCUCCUGGGAGCAGCAAGAAUUGCGCUGCUCCAAGAGUUCCGUGGACUCGGUUCACUGUCCGAUCCCCGUUUUGGAGGAAAAAGAAGGUUGUGUCAAUAGAGGGCAAAGUAGUUCUUCACACCGUUCAACUUUUGUUCUCAAACACUGUACUGUACAGGAUGUGUGUGCAUAAGAUUACCCUCAUUUCAGGAUCUAAUCUAAGGCAUCUCUGGGACAUCUGCUUGAAAGAAAAAUUAUUCUGAGAAGGCAAUGCGGAAGAGAACCAAGCUGGAAAGAUUUGGUUUUUUUGAGUGGUUUUCCAUACAAGGACACAACACUCAAAUCCCAAACUGUAUUCAAAGAUAAUGCACACUUUUGCUGAGCUUUACUAACAGCGGACUACAUGCCUGCCUGGUACCGCUGACACAGCCUUGCUUUGCCUUUGUACGACCGUCCAUUUGCUAUCACACAGUAACAUUACGCAGACACGUAUUCCCACAGAGCUGUUGUGGAAGAAGGUAUUUGCUAAACAUGCCGGCUGCAAAAUGAUAUAUAACCCUAUUUCCAAAAACUAAAAAACUUUUUUUUUUUUUUUUUUUUUUUUAUAGCAUGCCAUGUUAUGUUUUGAACUGGCGCUAUCAGGACAGAUGUUAAAGCCAAAUUAAAUGAGGUCCCUGGUUAAGGGAUUAUCCCAGUCCACUGUUAGGUUGGACUCCCUUGUGCCCACUCUGAUAUCAUCAGCACUCAAAGAAAGCCAUCAAGUGGAUCAUAAGUACGGACAGGCUGUACGGCCCAUUGGGCCUCUCCAUAUUUGAAUGGACUUUAACAAAGGGAGUAUUGUUUAGCUUACAAUCAUCUGGCCUGCAAUAUUAAUCAUUUUACCCUCUUCCAGGAAGGAAAAGGAUUAGAGGCAACAUGAUCACAUUUUCAGGCCUAGCAUAAGAAUUGAUUUGAGAGAGCUUAGGCUCCCAGUAUUGGAUCCUGGCGUUGUCUGGUUAGAAAUUCAGUUUUGAUCACCUAUUGCCUACAAAUUGAUGAUCGUACUUUUUUUUAAAUGAUGUUUCAACGGGGGCAGAAAAGACAACAUUUGAAAUUCCUUCAAAGAACCAUUUUUUUGGUUAUAGGGGAGGUUCGUCUAUAAUAAUCUAGCAGGGUCCAGCACUGAAUGUCAGCUGGGUUCAAUUUGAGCAGACAGUGUAUUGGGCCCAGAGCACUUCUGGGAUAGAAUGGAAAAUCUUAUAUCAAAUACAGUAUGGCACUUGUUUCAAGAGCACAUUUUUAUUUCAGGACUGGUAGAAACUGUCGGGUUUCUUAGUAUUGUACAUCACGCAAAAAAAAAAAAAAAGGGGUAUUUGAUUACAUUUAUUUUAGUAAGUUAUACAUUUAUUUUUCUAAACUAGAGAAGAGAACUCUUGUAUACGUAAUAAGUGUAAUUUGGUACAUUGAGUAAUGAUUGAAUGUAUAUAUCACCUUUUAAAAUGAAUGAAAAAACAGCAUUUUUUUUUUUGGUGAGUGUGCGAUCAUCGAAGAAACUGCUUAAUGUGGAGGUACCGUUAAGCGGUAGCUGUUGCAUUUGUAUGACUGAACCCAGGACAAUCAGUCGUUCUACAGGAACUAAAACAGCAUAAUAGAGAAUCUGUUUCUUACAGGGACAGCAUAAAAUAACAGAUUUCAAAGUAAAAUUGUACUUCAUCAUUACACUAAUGAAGGCACUAGCCAAAUAUUGUUAACUUUAACAUUCUUUUAUAAUUUACCUUUAUCUUGUAAGAUCGCACAUUUAUGACUUCCUACCCUAAUCGGACAAGUGCUUUAAAGACGACCCUCCCUCUCUUGUGUUUACCACUGCUCUAACAGAUAUCCAGACUGGAACAACUUUAGUGUUAAAAAUAGGCCUGUGCUGAUUUGAUUAUGUGACACAUAAAAAAAAAAAAAAAAACUAAAAGAUGACAGACAAUUGAAAUGGAACUGUUUGCAUUUUAUAUUGUAUUUAUACUGUAAGCUUAUACAAAGUCAUCACAAGAGCUGGAUGUAAACAGUGCAGCGAGGCUCUGGAGAGAACCUCUGCACCGAAAUAUAAGUAUGAAUGAAAUGCAGCACCGAU